AUGGGGACGUGGCUCUCGCCCUGCAGGACAGCGGUGGCUCACCUGUCCCUGGUGCAUCCCGUGCAGCAUAUGACAGAGUUUUGGAUAACUUUUGAGUGCUUUCCUGCGAUUGGUAAUAAAAACUAGACCAUGGGAGUCACUGGAUGUAUUUUCUUAUGUGUGUCGGCUUCACUGCUGUGCUGUCAAUUAAUAACUUCUGCAGAACAUGAGGAUAUAGUAAAGCAUGCAAUAAAGCUACAUCGUGGGAAAGGAGCUGUCACAGCUCAGAGGAAGCAGUGGCUUGUAGAAAAUUGCAGAAAGCUAUCUGGUCUCCUUCGUCAAAAGAAUGUAGUUCUCAACAAACUUAAAAGUGCAAUAAGAGCAGUGGAAAAGGACUCCGGGCUGUCACUUGAAGAGAGGACUUUUCAGGUCCACACAUUUGAAAUUUUCCAAAAGGAGCUGAAUGAAAGUGAGAAUUCAGUCUUUCAAGCUGUCCAUGGACUCCAAAGAGCUCUUCAAGGUGAUUAUAAGGAUGUUGUGAACAUGAAAGAAAGUAGUCGACAACGACUGGAAGCCUUGAGGGAAGCUGCAAUAAAGGAAGAAACAGAAUAUGUUGAACUUCUAGCAGCAGAAAAGCACCAAGUCGAAGCCCUGAAAAACAUGCAGCAUCAAAAUAAGAGUCUGUCCAUUCUUGAUGAGAUUCUUGAAGAUGUUAGAAAAGCAGCCGAUAGGCUGGAAGAAGAAAUAGAAGAGCAUGCCUUUGAUGACAACAAGUCAGUGAGAGGAGUUAAUUUUGAAGCAGUUUUAAGAGUGGAAGAGGAUGACACAGACACGAAAAGAAAUAUUUCAAAAAGAGAGGUAGAAGAUGAUUUGGGUCUAAGCAUGCUUAUUGACUCCCAAAACAACCAGUACAUACUUACUAAGCCCAGAGACUCAACCAUUCCACGUGCUGAUCACCAUUUCAUAAAGGAUAUUGUGACCAUAGGAAUAUUAUCUUUGCCAUGUGGCUGGCUGUGCACGACAAUAGGAUUGCCUACUAUGUUUGGGUACAUUAUUUGUGGAGUACUUUUGGGACCAUCGGGAUUAAACAGCAUUAAGUCGAUCGUACAGAUUGAGACAUUGGGAGAAUUUGGCGUUUUCUUCACCCUGUUUCUGGUUGGCCUAGAGUUUUCUCCUGAAAGAUUAAGAAAGGUAUGGAAGAUAUCAUUGCAAGGACCCUGUUACAUGACUCUGCUGAUGAUUGCAUUUGGCCUACUGUGGGGACACGUCCUACAAAUUAGAGCAACUCAGAGUGUUUUCAUUGCUACUUGUUUAUCAUUCUCAAGCACACCAUUAGUAUCCAGAUUUCUAGCAGGGAGUUCUCGAGGAGAGAAAGAAGGUGAUAUUGAUUAUAGCAGCGUUCUACUUGGAAUGUUGAUAAUGCAGGAUGUACAGCUUGGCUUAUUUAUAGCUAUCAUGCCAACGCUUAUUCAGGCUGGAGUUGGCACACAUUCCAGCAUUAUCAAGGAAAUACUGAGAAUAUUGACGCUGAUUGGACAAAUUCUCCUUUCUCUGGCUGCUGUUUUCUUUAUAUGUCUUGUUUUAAAGACUUAUCUAAUAGGACCAUACUACCGCAAGUUGCAUAUGGAAAGCAAAGGAAAUAAAGAAAUCCUAGUUCUAGGAAUAUCUGCUUUUAUGUUUUUUAUGUUAAUGAUUACAGAAUUAUUAGAUGUUUCGAUGGAACUGGGAUGCUUUCUAGCAGGAGCACUUAUUUCUUCUCAGGGUCACAUGGUUACCGAAGAGAUCAUGUCCUGCAUUGAACCAAUACGUGACUUCCUUGCCAUCAUAUUCUUUGCAUCAGUAGGUCUUCAUGUUUUCCCUACGUUUGUAAUAUACGAACUUACAGUCCUGCUGUUCCUUACACUUUCAGUUGUAAUAAUGAAGUUUUUCCUGGCAGUACUUGUCCUUUCUCUGAUUCUUCCAAAGAGCAGCCAAUACAUCAAAUGGAUUGUAUCUGCAGGUUUGGCUCAAGUCAGUGAGUUUUCCUUUGUCUUGGGAAGCAGAGCACGCAGAGCAGGGAUAAUUUCUCGAGAGGUCUACCUCCUUAUUUUGAGUGUAACUACUCUAAGCCUGUUGCUUGCACCAGCAUUGUGGAGAGCUGCAAUUAUGAAAUGUGUUCCUAGACCAGAAAGACGAUUGAGCUCAUGAAGAUGUUUAUUACAGAGGCUUCCAUG